CCCAUCUCUGUACACCAAGUGCAUCAUCAAAUCUUUCUUGCUUCGUCUUGUGCUGUUUGACUGCACGUUUCGUUUGACAAGAGCUUUACAUUUGAAAUGGCACCGGCCUCACUUGUCCAGACGAAGCUGAUCGCGGCCUCGUCGCUGCAUUCUCGUCUACCACGGAUCCAACAUGCCUAUGUCUGGCCUUUCUUCUUCCUCUAUCCUGCCUGGGCAUUCAUCUACCUCUUCCGCUAUGAUGAGCUGAUCAAAUCCGAGGAAAUCACUUUCGUCACUCUCGGCUCACUUCUUGUUAUCAACGCACUUUUGUUCCUGACCUGUCAAUGGAGUGUCUCGAUUAAAGCCUCUUUGACAUGUAAAAAAGAAACUGAUCCUAUGAAAGCAACAGUCAUUCGAAUUAUUCCUCAAAAGCAUCGCGGAUUGGGUGCUCUCUGUGAUCUUCACCAUGAGAAUGGUUCGAUUUUCUUCUUCUUCCAAAAAAAGAAAUACAUUUACAAUGCUGAUAAAAAGCUGUUUGUCAAGCUCAAGUAUCCAUCUGAUACUGGUUUAACCAUGGGUGAACUUCAAAAAAGCGAGGGAUUGAAUGAGGAGCAGGCUAAAGCAUCAACAGCUACCUAUGGCAUGAAUCGGUUCGAUAUCCCUUUACCAAAGUUUAUGGAGCUUUUCAAGGAGCAUGCUGUUGCACCAUUUUUCAUCUUUCAGAUCUUCUGCGUGGCCCUUUGGUGUCUGGAUGAGUACUGGUAUUACUCUAUUUUUACUCUCGUUAUGUUAGUUAUCUUUGAGUCCACUGUUGUCUGGCAGCGUUUGAGAACGAUCGGUGAAUUCCAAGCUAUGUCGAUUAAACCAUUCAGUGUCAACGUUCGUCGCAAUGGCAUCUGGGUUAAUAUUAUGUCAGAUGAACUUUUGCCUGGUGAUCUUGUGUCGAUUGUACGCACCAAGGAAGAGUCAGGAGUACCUUGUGACAUGGUUAUUGUCGAUGGAUCUUGCAUUGUCAACGAGGCUAUGUUGUCAGGAGAAUCGACACCAUUGCUAAAGGAAGGUAUCAUGCUUCGCGAGGCGGACGAUGUCUUGGAAUUGAACGGUGCUGAUAAGCUCAAUAUGUUGUAUGGAGGUACCAAGGUCCUGCAAGUUACACCUCCUUCUACUUAUCUGAAAGCACCGGAUGGAGGAUGUAUCUGCUAUGUUGUUCGCACUGGCUUUGGAACCGCUCAAGGGAAAUUGGUUCGAACCAUGGUUUAUUCUACAGAGCGUGUUACAGCCAAUAACCUGGAGGCGCUACUCUUCAUUCUAUUUUUGCUCAUUUUUGCCAUCGUUGCUGCCUACUAUGUUUGGGUCGUUGGAUUGGAGACCGGACGCAAGCGAGGAAAGCUUCUUUUGGACUGUAUUUUGAUUAUCACCUCUGUUGUGCCCCCAGAGCUGCCCAUGGAGCUGUCAUUGGCUGUCAACACAUCUCUUAUUGCGCUCGCACGUCAUCAUAUCUUUUGUGUCGAGCCUUUCCGUAUCCCAUUUGCUGGAAAAGUCGACGUUUGCUGCUUUGACAAGACUGGAACAUUGACUGGAGAGGAUCUUGUCGUUGAGGGUGUUUGUGGCAUCGAUGCCAAAGCGCCUGAGAAGCUUGUUUCACCUGAAGACGCCCCUAUGUCCUCCCGUCAUGUUCUUGCUACAGCGCACGCAUUGGUUCAGUUGGAGGAAGGCCUUGUCGGUGAUCCUAUGGAACGUGUUACUCUGGAGGCUUUGAAAUGGAAAGUCGGUAGAAACGACAAUGUCUUCCCUUUGAAUCCUCAAAACAAAUCUGAACAUAUGGUGAUCCGACGUCGAUUUCAAUUUUCUUCAGCAUUGAAGCGCAUGUCGACUAUCUCCACAUUGUCCAGCCCCGAGUUCAAAACCACUAAACUGUUUGUUGGUGUCAAAGGUGCCCCUGAGACAUUGAAGAAUAUGUACACUGAGGUGCCUAAGUAUUAUGAGGAUACCUACAAACAAUUCACCCGCCGUGGAAGCCGAGUCUUGGCCCUUGGAUACAGAUACCUGCCUGAUGGAUUGAACGCUGACCAAAUCAACGCAUUGACUCGCGAUAAUGUCGAGACCCAGCUUAAAUUUGCUGGCUUUCUUGUCUUCCAUUGUCCUCUUAAAGAAGACUCUGUCCAGGCCAUCAAGAUGCUUAAUGAAUCCUCUCACCGCUGUGUUAUGAUCACUGGAGAUAACCCAAUGACUGCCUGCCAUGUUGCCCGUCAAGUCGACAUCGUAAACCGCGACGUUAUGAUUAUGGAUGUGCGUGAAGAUGGACGCGGUGCCGAUGAUCUUAUCUGGAAAUCUAUCGAUGAGACUAAGGUUAUUGAUCUAGACCCUUCCAAGCCCUUUGAUCCCACCAUUUUCCGCGACUAUGACAUUUGCGUUACUGGACCGGCCAUGUCACAGUAUGAGAACAAGCCUACAUUUGAGGAGCUUGUCCGACACACUUGGGUAUAUGCUCGUGUCUCGCCUGGACAAAAGGAGACUAUUUUAACGACAAUGAAAGGCUGCGGCUACACGACUCUGAUGUGUGGAGAUGGCACCAACGAUGUUGGAGCUUUGAAGCAGGCUCAUAUUGGUGUUGCCCUAUUGGAUGGCAAACCCGAGGAUUUGGCUAGAAUCGCAGAGUAUAAUCAAAUUCAGCGUCUCAAGAACGUUUACGAGAAUCAGAUCAAGUUUACUGCCCGAUUUAACAUGCAGCCUCCUCCAGCCCAUGCCAAGAUCGCACACCUUUAUCCCCCUGAGGUUAUUGCUGCUAAGCAACAAGCCGCUCGCGAGGCUGCCGGAAUUGGUGCUGUUGAUGAGAAUGGUCGUCCUGUUCCUGCUAGGCCCCAGCUCGACAUGAACGGUCUCGCUGGCAUGAUGGAAGACUUGGAUGAGGAAGCACCACCAACUAUAAAACUUGGAGACGCUUCAGCUGCUGCCCCCUUCACAUCGAAGCUUUCUACUCCUAUCUCAAUUGUCAAUAUCAUCCGUCAAGGGCGUUGCACGCUAGUUGCCACCAUGCAAAUGUACAAGAUUCUCGCUCUCAACUGCCUGAUCACUGCUUAUUCUUUGAGUGUAUUAUAUUUGGAUGGUAUUAAGUUUGGAGAUUUCCAGGUUACGAUCACUGGCAUGCUCAUGGCUGUAUGCUUCAUGUGUAUUUCUAAGGCAACACCCUUAGAAACCUUGUCCAAGGAGCGUCCUCAACCUAACAUCUUCAACUUUUACAUCAUCUUGUCGGUAUUGGGUCAAUUUGCUGUUCACAUCUUUUCAUUGAUCUACAUCACACAUGAGGCCAAAUUGAUCGAGACAGAUCGCGAGAUUGACCUGGAGCGUACAUUCGAACCCGGUCUUUUGAACUCUGCCAUCUAUCUUAUCUCACUUUCGAUGCAAGUCUCGACAUUUGCGAUCAACUACAAGGGCCAUCCUUUCCGUGAAAGUUUGAAAGAGAAUACUUAUUUGUACCGUGGAUUGAUCGCGGUCGGAGGUGUAGCAGUUGCCGGUGCAACUGAGUUUAUGCCCGAGUUCAAUGAGUGGCUUCAGCUAGUGCCCUUCCCUGAAGAUUUCAAGGCCAAGCUGAUUGGCAUCAUGGCGUUUGACUAUUUUGUAGCGUGGGGUAUUGAGAUUGUGUGCAACAAGCUCUUUGGCAACUUUGCAGCCAAGGACAUUGUCAGAAAGUAGAAUCUUUUUUUUUCUCUUCAUAUCACUUGAAUUACUGAAUAGAGGCAUUUAAAACAUAUUAGGGUAAAGCACAUUGAUUGCUUAAUAAAAGAAGAAAAAUAAUUGAG